CUAGACUGUCUUGGGAACAAAACAGGUUCAUGAAACCAGCAAUCCAUGUGCAUUUAGACUAGGCAGGUCGCAAUAUAGCUUUAUUGUUUUCCCUUCUCGCAGCAGGAGACAGGCAGGGCCAAGAGAGAGACUUGCGCAGGGCUUCUUCCUUGAGCAAGAAAUUGAACCCGGGUGUCUCUGGCCCCAAGCCAGCAUCCCAGCCUGGGGAAUACAUUGGCUCAAUACCUGGUCUUAAACUGAGGUAAGCUUGGACUACUGCAAUGCAAUCUACGUGGGGCUACCUUUGAAGGUGACUCGGAAACUACAACUAGAAUGCAGCAGGUAGACUGGUGACUGGGGGCGGCCGCCGAGACCACAUAACACCGGUCCUGAAAGACCUACAUUGGCUCCCAGUACAUUUUCAAGCACAAUUCCAAGUGUUGGUGCUGACCUUUAAAGCCCUAAACGGCCUCGGCCCAGUAUACCUGAAGGAGCAUCUCCACCCCCAUCGUUCUGCCUGGACACUGAGGUCCAGCGCCGAGGGCCUUCUGGCGGUUCCCUCACUGUGAGAAGCAAAGCUACAGGGAAUCAGGCAGAGGGCCUUCUCGGUGGUGGUGCCUGCCCUGUGGAACACCCUCCCAUCAGAUGUCAAGGAAAUAAACAACUAUCUGAUUUUUAGAAGAAAGCCCUGUAUUGGGAAAUUUUAAAUGUGUGAUGUUUUAUAUUUUUUAUGUUCUGUAAGCCACCCAGAGUGGCUGGGGAAACCCAGCCAGAUGGGCAGGGUGGAAAUAAUAAAAUUAUUAAUUAGUACACACAGCCCAUCUGUCAUGGAUGCUUUAGCUGAGAUUCCUGCAUUGCAGGGGGUUGGACUAGAUGACCCUGGGGUCCCUUACAGCGCUAUGAUUCUAUGAUAAUAAUGGUAAACAGAAAAUGGAAGAUGCAGAUAUGAUCACAUACAACGUAAGGCGAGCUCUGUUAGGAUUCCAUGAUGGUAAUAAGGGGGAUACUUUUUGUCCCAGACGGCGGCAUUCAGUGAUACUGAACCUCUAAACUUGGGAGACUCAGCUCUAACGGCUCCUUGCCACUGACCUUCACCCCUCCUAUUUCACGACUAUGGCCGAGUCUCUUUUAGAGGCAUGUCACCGGUUGUUCCUCACCGCAUCUGGUGGCAGUGAGUUCCGUGAACGAGUUACGGUUGAGGGAGAGAUCAGUAAUCCAAGGCAACCUUUCAAAAAGUGUUGGGCACGCGGGGGUGGGGAAACGAUCGGGUUGCUUUUGGUUUAUUAUGCAUUUUGUGUUUUUAUGUUGUGACCACCCUGAGACCCGCGGGUAUAGGGCAGCAUACAAAUUUAAUAAUGAUGAUGAUAAAGUCAAACCAUAUAACGCGCGCCCACAAAGCCACCAGAACUGUGCACCACCUCAAUAUGCAGAUAUUGUAUUUUAUCCGUAAUUUUAAAUCCAGAUGCGUGUGCCAAGAGAGCUAUGCGUGUCUUUUCUCGGUGCCCGCCCCCCGGCCUAGGCGUUUCCCGAAAGCUCUCCCGGAGACGCAGCUCCUUCCCUUCUUCCCAGCGCCGCGAAGCUUCCCCGGCCGGAUUUCUGCCUGCGAGGCCGCCCUGGAGAGGCCACCGCGGAGGGCGCGCCCAAAACAAAGCUUUAAUUUUGGGGGGUUGUCGGCCUGCCUGCCUGCCUCCCUCUUGGUCUCCCCUUCUUCCCCGCCUCCUCGCACACGCUCAGUCUGUUCCGGCCGCCGCCUCGCAGCGCCCCCGCGCAAGGAGGAGCCGCCGCCGCCGCGCCGCGCAAGAGCGCUCUCCCGGCGGCGAGGGGCGGUUGGUGGUUGUUUCCGCGGCCUCCAUUUUAGGCGUCGCUGCAAGGUCCCGGGCGGCGGGGAGGGAAGCUCCCCGGGCGACGUGGAGGCCCCGGCGGCGGCGGGCCUUGUUGUGACGCCGCGCUCCCGCGUCUCCCGGCGAGGCUUGGGCCGGGUCUGGGCGGCGACGGAGAUGGGCGCACGGGGCCUCUUGGCCGGCACUGGCGCACCGCUCGGGCGCCGCUCUUCCUCCUGAGCCUCGCUUCUCGUCUGCCUGCCCGCCUCCCUCGUCGCCGCCCGGGCCGCUCGCCCCCAUGGAGACCCCCGCGGCGGGGCCGCCCCCUGUCACGCUCAUCAUCAAAGCCCCCAACCAGAAGUACACCGACCAGACCAUCCGCUGCUUCCUCGACUGGACCGUGGGCAGGCUCAAGGGACACCUCUCCAAGGUGUACCCCAGCAAGCCGGUGAGACCCCCAGCCACCAGACCUCCCCCCCAAAAAAACAACCCCCACCCCACCCCAUACAACACUCUUUUCCCCCAGGCGGCUCCUCCUUUCCGUGUCCAAGUUGCCGGCCUUUCGAAAUAUUGUUUUCCAACCCUGUGUGCCCGAGCUGCGUUUUUACGCAGAGGAGAGCUCCGGUGUCGAUUAAUGACCGACUCCGGGUGAGAGUGGCUUGGAAAUGGAACCUCUCCUCCCUCCUUGGCUUUGUUUUCUGGAGCUGCUGUUUUUUCCCAAGCAGCAGCUCGAGGCUGUGGAAGGCUUUUGUCUGCCUCCCCACCUCGCCUUGUGUGCGUGGAAAGGCAUCCCGGGCUGGAUUUCUCUGUUACGGGCAUAGUAAAGGAGGAAGAGGAAAAGGGGAAAGCCCGGGGGUGCGCUGCUGGACAGCACAGCCGCUUGUCGUCUGUCCCUAAGUUGUAAUUCUGCUUUUCUAGACACAGUGGGAGAGACACUGUCUCCUGGGCGUUGGCAUCCUGGCCAACAAACCGGGCCUUCUCCUUCUCUCUUGCAGUGCUGAAAAACCCCACUACUCCAAAAUACGCUUCAAUAAGCUAGCGAGAUUGUCUGCCUUGGCCUGGCAUCCCGUACACAGCCACUAGUUGCUGGCCCUUCUCUGAAUUUUUCUGAGACCAAAUGGUCACCCUCGAUCAGGUGGCACUCAAGCGUCCUCCGACCUUGCCUGUCCUUUUUCUUCAGUACCAAAGUUACAGGUUUUUCAGUUAUUCCUGAAAGUUCCUGCCUUGAUUUGGCAUCCUCCGAGCAGCAAUGCUCUCAGCACGCUUCCCUUCCCUUCUCUUCCCACCAUCUUUCCUAUAGAAACAUAUUUCAGCAAACAAUACAUACAGCGAAGGUCGCUUUGCAUAUUGUUUAGGUGUAUUUUAAAGAAGCUUUAAGCUGGACACCUAAAAAUGUAAAGUGGUGAAUGCAAUAAAUGUAUGUUUGUGUAUGUGUGUUGUAUAGGCUUUCUCAGCAGGAAGCUGAGAUUGGUUGCACCUCUAGCUGAAUGUAUAGUUAGGUUUUUCCUUGCAUAAUGCACAAACUGUACAAAAUGGCCCAUAAAUGCCUGCAUAUUCGUGUCCUUACACUUUUGGUUAACUGGGCAAGAGAUUAGCCAAGACUGGUGAUCUCCCUCUGAGUGUUACAUACUAUGAUGCAUCCUGCUUCUUGGGGGGAAAUGAAGGGCAAACUUUGAAGAUUCCAAGGACAACUUGAAAAAUAAGAGAAAAGCAGGAAAAGUGUGCUAAAGGGGAGGGGGAAACAAAAGCUUUUUAGAACCCCAGGGAUUCCUAUUGCCCAAAGUCCAGGAAAAUUAUCCAUAUUCUGGCUUCAUUCAUUGACUAAAAGCACUGACAGAUAGGAGCCGACAGGCCAGCUCCUUUCAAAGAAAUUUCUUCAAAGGCUGCCUGCACAUUUUGCUUCGUAACUUUCUUUCCAGAUGGGCCGAAGUCUGACUUAAAAAAUAAAAUGAAAUGAAAGCUCUGAAUCUGUUUGCCAGGUAUCGAAGCAGUAGGUCUUGCUCCAAUGUAAGUGUGCGUGGCAUUGCAACCUUCAUUUUCUUAUCUAGGAUCUGCCCACCUCACUCUUUGCACAAUAAUCUGUUAAUCUGUGUAAUUGCAGGCAAUAUUUCCUUCCAGUGGCAACCUCCUGUUUCUUAUGACAUAGGGCGAGCUUUUCAGGGACUUGCAGUGGAAGGAGCAUUUGUUUAACUGGAUCCUAACCCUGAUGUGCGUUACUGAAGUGUAAAUCCAUAUAAAACAACUUAUAUAUCCCUCUUUUGGAAAUACUCCUUGAUACAAGGGUCACUGCUACACUGCUGUCAUCAUUUUGGGUGGAAAUCAGGAUGUCUUCAAUCUAAUUGACUUCAAUCUAUUGACUUCAUUUUAUAGCAAAAGUAUCAACAGAUGCAGUCAUAGAAAAGCUCAUAUUCAUAGAAAGCGUUCAUAACUGCUACAUCAGUUAGGAGUACUGCUGUGGAAGCGUACUGUAUUUUUACGUGUAUAACACGCCCCCAUGUAUAACACAACUCCUAUUUUGGGGGACUCCAAAUAAAGAAAUCCCACAUAACCACGAUCCGUGUAUAAGACGACCCCCAAUUUUAAACUUGAAAAAAUAGGGAAAAUAUAUAGUCUUAUACAUGGAAAAAUACGGUAAGUGUAUUUUCAACUGUGUGGGAAAACUGUAGGACACAAUUUCCCUUUGUAACCUCACUGUGUUAGUGAUCUCAAUCUUAGCCACAAAUCUCGCACUCAAGGGAAGCUUCAUUUAUAUUUAUAUUUAAAAUGUUGCUCCAGGUACUUACUUUUAAAUUUAGCAACAACCAACACUUUAAAAUGACAACAUUUUAACCAAAGUACAUUUAUUAUUGUUCCCUGACCUCAGAGGUUUUAUUGGUGAUGCGUUUGAUAAAGGGAAGGAGAAGCUAUUUUGAGAAGUAUAGGACAUUAAGUAUUCACAUGCAUUUGACUUUAAAGAUUAGUUUGAGGAAAUGUGCUAUGACGAAAGGUGAAAGUGUGCUUAGUUCUGUAUAAUGUGUGGAAACUGGAAUUCUAAAAAUAAGUUAUGUGCAUCUCAAAUGUUAACCAUCAGCAACAAGAAUUUAAGAUAAGUCUUCUUCGUAUAUGAUUGUUUCCACCUCUAAAUCAGUAUGGUUGGGGAGGGGAAAUAAGAAUUCUCCAUUUGUCCCAUCUCUUAGUCUACGAAGGAUCAGAGACUGGUGUAUUCUGGCAGGUUGCUUCCUGAUCACCUUCAACUGAAAGAUAUUCUCAGAAAAGUAAGCGUUACUUUCACAACUUGUAUUUACGUACAAUCGCUACUUGUAAAAAUAAAACAAAUGCUGUACGAAAUUCUGUUAAACUGCGUAGUGACUACUGUUGUGGGCGAGAGAUGCAAUUUAAAUAUUGUACAAUUGCAUGUAGGAAAGCGGGUGCAACAUGAUUUGAUUAGCUAACUACAUAAGCAAAAUAAUUACUGCAGUAUAUAUUUUAGUUUAUUACACUGAUAUUAGUCGCUGGCUACUGAGAUUGCAGGUAAAGGACGCAAUGUCCUAACUGGUAUACAGCUAUUCAUGCUGAGGAUUUAAAGGUAAGAUCUUGCUGUCCCACUGUCUUUGCAAUAUUUCUGGAUACGUGUCUUGAAGUUCAACGUGCACAUGACACAUCAUUCUUACUAAGAAGAUUUACAUCUUCCAAAGCGGUCCCAGUUUAAAUGCUGUCAUUCUGCAGAUGUGAAAUGAAUAUGCUAAAGCUACUUUUCCAGGUUCUAUCUGAUACAGUAUGAAAAUACUGAAAGGUGUCAUCAUAGAGAUGCUCAGAUUUGUGCAGGUAGCAAUUAGUACACACUCUCUAGAUGAAAAGUCAAAAUAUUGUGGAUAAAUAAGUGAAAAUCUCCAAGGUGACUCAUUGCUCAAAAAGGAAGCUUGGGCGUGUGUUGAGGCCCAUAAUAAUGACGAGGUAGGAAAAGCUAGCUUGAUACUUAAGUGGAUUUACUUAAAAUUCCAAGAGGAUGCAAGAAAAUCUUGACCUCCCCUUUUUGCAUUAAAUCCCUUCUGAUUUAACUCUUAAUUGAAUAAAAACCAGAACAUAUUGCAAGACGCAGGUGUGACUUGCUAGAAUAAAAUUCAAGCUCUUUUUAUUUGCUUUCUUAUGAAUCCGAGUAAUUUGCUGUACUAUCUGAUGACUGUGAUUCAGGUGCUUGCACACCUGCCGGCUCUCUGUUGGCACCUUUGGCCCAGCCAUGAGCACAAGAGGCAAUUUUCAUUUCCAUAGCUGAUCCACAGUGGAGUCCUUGUUUAUGAACCUGGAGUUACUUAACAGUACGAAUAAUAUUUCACAUUUAUGCUGGACGCUUUGAGUUUUCAAAGCAUUUUACAUACAUUAGUCGUCCAUACAAUAUCUGUGUAAGAAAGGUAUGCCAGUAACUUUCUCCAGGUAUAACCUCUGGUUCACAUGUGCUGGACAUGCAAGAAAAUUAAGGAAUUUUGGAAUGUAAUCUAUGAUGAGCUUAAAAAAAUGAUUAAGGUUUUCUCCUAGGGAUACUUGGCCCAGACAUGCCAAAUUUGCGAGAGAAAUAGUCUUGUACGCCAUUGUAGCAGCAAGAAUACUAAUCACAAUGAACUGGAAAGGAGAGAAGACCCCGUGAAAGCUGGAGUGGCAAAGUAAAUGGAUGGAGUUUGCCAAAUUGGCAAAAAUGACAGAAAAACUGAGAGGCAACACUGAACAAAUAUUUAUUUGGAAAUGACACAUGUAUAAAAAAUAUCUUAAAGAUUACUGUAAUAAUAUAAAGUCAGUGGCAGGACUUGAAUGACUUCUGUGUUAUGAUGGACAAUUAUAAGAGAAUAUAUUAUUGAUGAUUAAAAAGAAAAUGGAGAUUAGUAGUGCACCAGAUAAAAUAAGCAGUGAAUACAUGAUGGGGUGGUGGAAAGUUGUUGGGAACGCAAGAAGAGUGUACAGUGAGCAAAUAUUAUUAUUUUCUUUUUGUAAUUUUGUUUUGACCACAUAUAUAUUUGUUAUGACCUUUUAAGCUUAAUAAAGCAUUAAAAAAUGGGGGUCCCCAAACCCUCUGGUUCAUUAUAAUAGUUUGUAAUAAAUCAGUAUGGGACACGGGUGGCGCUGUGGUCUAAACCACAGAGCCUACGGCUUGCUGAUCGGAAGGUCAGCUAUUCGAAUCCCUGCUCCUGCCAACCUAGCAGUUCAAAAGCAUGUCAAAGUGCAAGUAGGUACUGCUCCGGCGGGAAAGUAAACAGUGUUUCCGUGCGCUGCUCUGGUUCGCCAGAAGCGGCUCAGUUGUGCUGGCCACAUGACCCAGAAGCUGUACGCCGGCUCCCUCAGCCGAUAAAGCGAGAUGAGCACCGCAACCCCAGAGUCGUCCACGACUGGACCUAACGGUCAGGGGCGCCUUUAUAAAUCAGUGCCUAUAGGAGAAAAAUACAUUUGUCUCCUAAAGACAGUGUGUUUAAACUGUUGUUUCUGAAUCACUAGCCUUCCUUGGAAACUAACAGUUUUCUUGAUGAGAAGAUUGGUAAUAGGAUCUUCUGCUAAAAUUCAGGGGAGCGUUGACCAUGUUCUAUGCGCACUCUCAAUUUGUGGUUAAUAAGUUUUCACAAUUUUCGUGCGCAGGUGUACCCUGGAGCACAUUUCUCCUGAAAUGUACAGGGAGUCUCUUGCACACAUUCAGAAGUUUGAUCACAGACUAAUCAAUAUUGAUUGAGCUCAGGGAUUCCCUGUGGAUAGAAGGUUUGAAUUCCACUGCAGGAUGAGUUACCAUAAGCUUUGUGACUUGCAACGGUUUGCUCUCUGGGAGCUUUUUAGCUGGAAUUCCUGUAGAAUAGACAGACGUGCCUUUCUCUAAACGCAGGUAUUGAUUCUGACAGAACAGCUCGGAUGAGUACUUGCUUUGGCCGUUGAUUUUGAAAAUGCAACUUAUCUAUAGUUUGAUAAAUAAGCUUUUCUUUGGUGAAAUGAUUCACCUGUCUGUCUCCAGAGGAAGGGCAGUUUUUUGGGGGAAAGUUCAUAAGUUUUAAUUAGAAAAUUAGAUUCUGAACGGAGGACUAGCUGUGGUAAAAAGUGCAAUUCUGGUUCUCCUCUUUUGUGUACAUUUUUAAGAACAGAAAUAUUAGUAUAAGACGGGUCAGCAACCUAAGGCCCAUGGGCCACAAAUAGCCCAUGGGAGUCAUUUAACAGGCCCAUGGACCCCCACUGCCCACUCGGUUGGCUCCCAUGCGCCGUGCUAAACUGCCACAGAGCAAAGCAGGGACCGCCUUCUGUGACGCUGGCCGGCUUCCCAUUGGCUGCAGGAAGUUCCUGCAGCCAAUGGGAAGCUACGAUGCCUCUUUCGUGUCGGAAAGAGCGCCAGAAAUAGCCUUUGCGCAUGCAUGCAUGCAUGCGUGUGCACACACACUCUGGUCCACUGCGGUGUCUGUGGGACCAUGAACCAGCCCAAGCCACAAAAACUUUGCCGACCCCUGGUAUAAGACUUCUCUAAUAUAUAUUUUUCCAAUAUUCUGAAAUAUAUUUUAUAUUUCAGUGUAACGUAUUUACUUGCCUCUGAACCGUUCAGCUGUAAUGUGUAUAUACCAAUUUUGUGUUUAAAAAUUGCCUCAUUUUUCUGCUAAAACUGCUCACUUUUUUAUUUUAGCAAGAUGAGUAUCAUAUGGUUCAUCUAGUAUGUUCUUCACGGACACCCCCAAAUUCUCCAAAGCCUGAUACCCUUAGGGAAAGCAAUGGAUCAUCAGCACCUAGCAACAGCUCGGUGAGUUGGCUUUGUGUAAGGUGCAAUCGUUAAAGCUCCGUCAACAAUGCUCUUUUACUAUAAUAAAUCCUGACAGGAAUAUGAUGACAGCAUAGCCAUGUUUCAGUAUCAAAGUGCUUGACUAUGAUCCCAAGAGGAAACAGGUCCUGGGGUGUAUAAUGGAACUGCAAAAUCCCUAGACUGAGUAGGGAUCGUUGAACAACUUGCUAUUUUUCAUGCUGCUGUGUUUGGGGAUCCUAGGUGUACUGACAUUGCCGUGUCUACUCUCCUCCCCCCCAAAUAAUUAGUGUGUAAUUGUGAUAUUUUCACUCAGAAUAGGAAUACGGACCCAAUUUACAGAAUGCUAUUUCUCCCCCCCCCCCGCAAGUCAUUGUGAUCUUUCCCCCUUAAUAGCAAGAACUGCUUUACACAUGAUGUUUUUCCCACGUGAAGAAAAUUUUCAUUUUUAAAAAAAUAUGUUAGCCCUUACUAAGGAAGCAGGCUAGGAUUAUUAUUUACUCAAGAGUCUUAAAGGAAAACAGGAACAAGAAGUCACGGAGAAUAAUUGCAAACCUAAUGGUUCAGGGAAAGUGUUUUGACUUCAGGUGUGAGAGGUAUGCAGUGUAAAAUACUCCUUUUUUCAAAGUUUGGGGGAACCAAACUAUUCAGCAUAAAACAGAAUCCUUUCUACAUCUGAUGGAAAUUAUCGUUUUUUUAAAAAAAGAGUUCAGAACAUUCAGGAUCGACGACUCCUUCGCCAUCUCAAGAAUCUUCGCAUACAGCUGGCACCGAUGGCGUAAGACAUCGCAACCUGGCACAGAGAAAUCCUGUUCAGAGCCACCCGUUCCCUUAUAUAAUGCAAGGGUAAGUAAAAUGCUGAAGGGCUUUUUGCAAGAGCUUUGGUCAAACAUUCUGACUCCAGCUACAGAAGCUGAGGCUUGGGCUGGAGUAUUGUAUACGGGGGUUUGAGAGAGCUGUUGCUGUUACUGAUAUUAUUGUUGUAUCUUUAGUUUUAGAUCUUAUGAUUUAGAUGGAAAUUGUUUCCAUUAUAUUGUGUGCUUUUUGAUGUGUUUUAUGUAUUGUUUAUGACUUCCGUUAUGUUUGUAAUUAUGUAAGUUUUGUCAUGUUGUCAUGUGAGCAUAGUUUCAAGUACGGAAAAGCGGCAUACAGAUAAAAUGAUGAUGUGAUGAUUCAUUUCUUGCAAGGUACUGUAAUAACAGGGAUGCGGGUGGUGCUGUCGGUUAAACCACAGAGCCUAGGACUUGCCGGCCAGAAGGUCAGCGGUUCGAAUCCCCGCGACGGGGUGAGCUCCCGUUGCUCGGUCCCUGCUCCUGCCCACCUAGCAGUUCGAAAGCACGUCAAAGUGCAAGUAGAUAAAUAGGUACUGCUCCGGCAGGAAGGUAAACAGUCUUCCGUGCGCUGCUCUGGUUUGCCAGAAGCGGCUUAGUCAUGCUGACCACAUGACCUGGAAGCUGUACGCUGGCUCCCUCGGCCAAUAAAGCGAGGUGAGCGCUGCAACCCCCGAGUCGGCCACAACUGGACCUAAUGGUCAGGGGUCCCUUUACAUUUACCUUUACUGUAAUAACAAUACUGUAUUGCAAUAUUACGUUUGGCUGAAAUGUUAAAAGUCCUGUGGACUCUAACCAGGUUGGAGAAAAAGGCAGCGGAUUUCUCCUUGCAAAACAAACAAGCUUCCAUUUAUUGUAUUUGUUUAGUGAAUUUAUUUUGUAAAAUUUAUACGCCGCUCAGUGGUAGAAAUAAACCCCAGAGCAGUUUGCAAAACAGGUAAUCAGUAAGCCUAAGGGCUCUUACAAAAUUUCUGUGUGUGAAUAACUUGUAUUUCCCCACCACCGAGUAUAGAAUGAUUAACUUUUAAGUUUGCUAAUGAUGCUCUUCGUCAUUGCUGUGUUGAGCAAUUUUCUAAGCAUCUGGUGCUUUUAUCAGCACUUUCAUCAGCAUCCAAUAGGCCUUUCCUUCAAGAUUUAUCUGUUGCAUAGCAGUUUAUGGAAUACAUCUGCAAGUGCCGUACACCAAACGAAGAUGCCUUCAGUGAUUGUUUCUCACUUGUUCUGUUCUAGGCUGACGAAAGUGAAGGACAAAAAAAAUGUUAUCACUUCUUAGAGAGGGAAACUGGUCAGGGUCACAACUGAGGUUAUUCUCUUUUCCCAGCUUCCAUCGUUCAUUAAAAUAAUAAUUCAAGGCAACUCUUUUCAUUCCUGGAUCAUUUUUACUUCCAAAGAGUUAAAAAUCAAUUUGGGGGAGGGAUUAGUGGGUGACACAUUGUUUUUCGAGAAAAAAAUAGUGUUGAAGAUAGUUGGCAGCUGUAUCUGCAGAGGCAGUUAUGUUUACUGUGGCUUCCUAGCUCAUGCUAAGAUUUCUCCAUGUGAUUAUGAAACUUAUUAGGUUUCGCUUUCAUGUGUGAACUGCAGGUUUGAUUAAAAAAACCAGACUGUCUCAAAAAUCACCUGGUUUGAAAUGAAAUCUGAAUUUGAUACAGGUGUGUUAAAAUAUAUAGUCAUACUUUAAACCAGAUCCCUUCUAUCAGUUGUGUUUAGGCUGUUGUCCUGCUCCCAGUUACCUGGAAGUAAGCCGUAUUAAACUCCAUGGAAAUCACUUCAGAGUCGCUAUAUAAGAUUGCACUAUUAUCCUGGUUUUUUGUUUACCCGAACACUCUAAAUAUGUAAAAAUGGGUUCAUUUACUUCUGUACAAAUUAUGAAUAUUUAGACUACCAAUCAGAUAAACCUACUCAUAUAGGUGAUGUUGAAUAGUGCCCUUACAGAGGGAGCCAAAUAAAAACCUUUCAUUUCAUAAUGACUUUCCUGUCUUUCAAAAGGCUACAAACCUCUGCAGCCUAGAGGUUUGGGCUUAUGCAACUCUGGUUGCAAACCAGUAUGUUUUAUCUUGUUCUGAAACAAGAUGCAAAACUGAUUGCUUGAUUAAAAUCUAUCUACCCUGGUGAACUCUACCUGUAGUGUAUUAAAUUCCAAAAUUCACACAUAAAUGUGUAUUGAAACCCACAAAAUCUACUCUUUUGCACUCUUGUUGCCUAAUACUGAUAGCUUAUUUCACUUCCUUAAAUGCUUUUGUUAGGAAACAGUCAAAGUAUUCUUCGCAAGGAAAAAUAUUUUAAGUAGAGGCACAUGUGGCAUAAUGGAGACCAAUCAGAUUAUUCUCCCAACAAUUUUAUAUUGUAUUGUACAUCAGAACUUCUAGUAUUCUCCCUAUUUCUCCCAUCUCCUUAGUCUUAGUCUUGAAAGUAUAUUGUGAAUUAGCAAGGUCUCCUGUGGCAUCUUGCAGCCAAUUUUCUUUCUAAGAUAGGAAUUGUUGUCUGAUGCAAUACAGUUGCAUCAACUGCUAACACUGUAAAUACUUGUUGCCCUUAAAGAUAAGAUGGGGCAUUUCUGUUCUUUAAGAUUCUCUUUAAUGCACGUGAGCAGCUGACUGUUUUAUAUCAUGCCAGCUUCUUCUAAAAUCACAUUAGUACUUGCCCCGGCUAACUGAACACUCUGCUUUGCAAAUGCUGUAGUUGUAACAUGUUAUCACACAUUUGGUGUGAAGUAGCACAUGGCGCUUCUUCCUAAAUAUUAUAUGAGUAUAUUUGUUCUACUGUGAAGUGUUAUGUUCUGAUAAAUGAUACCAAAGUGUGAUCUUCUGCUUUAAUGGAAAAUGACAGUGAAAAUCACACUCUCUCUCUCUCUCUCUCUCUCUCUCUCUCUCUCUCACACACACACACACACACACACACACACCCCCAACCUGCCAGGGUCUAAAUCAGGCUUCCUCAACCUCAGCCCUCCAGAUGCUUUGAGACUACAAUUCCCAUCAUCCCUGGCCACUGGUCCUGCUAGCUAGGGAUCAUGGGAGUUGUAGUCCAAAAACAUCUGGAGGGCCGAGGUUGAGGAAGCCUGGUCUAAAUUAACAAGGAGGAUAGCUUUUUUGGUUGUUGCUGAUUACACCUCUCGGAGGCCUGCAGUGGGGGUGGGGGCUGUGUUGAAAUGCUCUUGAAUUUCCUGUAGUACUAGAUUUCUGCAUGCUUGCAAAAUGCUAAAUUAAAUUUAGUAAGGAAAUUAAGUUUUAAGGAAAAUGUGCACAGGUGAAAUCACCCUGUUAACACAUAAUACCUGAUUUCUGAUUUAGCGACUUAAAAGCAGACUGUCAUCUCCUUUUGUCUUUGUGGGGAAACGUGUUCUAUGUAACUUUGGAUAUUCCGUUGAUAUCGGACAACCUUGCAUGUAAUUUGCUUUGCUUGUCUGCAGCAAUGUAGGAAACCAGUUCCCUGGGCAAGGAGUGCCAGCUGCUUUUCCUGUGUACCCUGCUUUCAGCCCACUGCAGAUGAUUUGGUGGCAGCAGAUGUAUGCCCGCCAGUAUUACAUGCAAUAGUAAGUACAAACGGUGCGUUCUUUAAAUUAGUAUUGAGACAGUAGAGUGGCAGUUAAGACUUAGAGACGAGACUUGGUUAUUCUUGAGUAGGCACUAGGACACCCCCAAGCGAGUCUUGUUACCCUCCACUUGCUUGAAGCUGCUCUAGUGCGCCCUCAGAAACACCUUUCAGGUGAGUGCCAACGCUACCUUCCCUGGGCUUUGGUAAACUAAAUGUGAAAACAUAUUUUGCCCAAAACAUUCACCAUAUUAAUUUCUCCUUUGUGAGAAAUGCUUACAAAUGCAGCCUUACUUUUAGUAAUGCUUUAUAUUGGAGAAAAAUGAAUAUAAGUUUGUGGGAUGUGAUACAUAAGUAGCAGAAAAUACAACAUUCCUUGUUUUCCUAGAGUGGACAUGCAAGGGAUGUUUAGUUGGAACUUCCUGUUUCCUCCUGGGCUGGGAAAUACUUCCUUUGCAUGUGAUUAGAGGUGGGCGUGACCUUACCUGUGCAGGUAUCAAAAGCACAAGGCACGCAACACUCUCUCUUUGACAUCGUCUGUCAUUGGAGCAACAGCUCUUUUUAGCUAGAGAUGCCCUGUUGGCUUUUAGCCAACAGAGGACACUGGGACUAUCUCCAUAUGGCAGGUAUGUCAAAAGUCCGUUUUGGGAGCCUAAUCCGGCCUGGUGGUCAGUUUAUUCCGGCCCCCGUGGCUGUUUAUUUCCUGGGGUAAAAUCCUAAAAAAAAAGCUCAACAACUUCAACUUCAGUACUGAAUUGUAUGAUAAAAAGGUCUGAAUUGUAUGAUAAAAAGGUAAAGGUACCCCUGCCCAUACAGGCCAGUCGUGUCCGACUCUAGGGUUGUGCGCCCAUCUCACUUAAGAGGCCGGGGGCCAGCGCUGUCCGGAGACACUUCCGGGUCACGUGGCCAGCGUGACGAAGCUGCUCUGGCGAGCCGGCACCAGCGCAGCACACGGAAACGCCGUUUACCUUCCCGCUAUAAAGCGGUCCCUAUUUAUCUACUUGCACUUAAGGGUGCUUUCGAGCUGCUAGGUGGGCAGGAGCUGGGACCGAAGGACGGGAGCUCACCCCGCCGCGGGGAUUCGAACUGCCGACCAUGCGAUUGGCAAGCCCUAGGCGCUGAGGAUUUACCCACAGCGCCACCCGCGUCCCCGCGAAUUGUGUGAUGGUGAGAGGCUUAAACAAGCCUGCAGCCAGCUACCCACUAUGUGUUAAAAGGGGAAUGCACUCUGCUAAGUACAGUGGUGCCCCGCAAGACGAAUGCCUCUCAAGACGGAAAACCCGCUAGACGAAAGGGUUUUCCGUUUUUGAUUUGCUUCGCAGGACGAAUUUCCCUAUGGGCUUGCUUCGCAAGACGAAAAAACCGCUAAACGAAGACACUCGCGGAACGGAUUAAUUUCGUCUUGCGGGGCACCACUGUAAAGGGACUUGCUAAUGCAAGUUAAGAAGGAUAUUAAUAAACAAUAUAUCCUCUCCUGCAUCCCUGAACAUUCCCACAAAGUUGACUUGUGUUAUUGUUUCAUGUAUUCUUGUUUCAUGGUGAAGAGCAUUCUUAGGACCUUGUCUUCCUAUCCGUUGGCUUUCAGGAUGGGCUCUGCCGGAAAGUGACAGGCCGCCGUGCCAUGAAACAGCUCUGUGUUGGCCUCCCUUGUCAUUUGCCACAAAUUAUAUUGCUUUAUGAAUUCACCACAGUGGUGCAGUGGGCAGUAUUGAAGGGGAAGUGUAACCUGUGCCAGGUUAUGAACGCAUUUGCCCCGGGUAGUUCAGCUGACGAUUGUGAAGAAUGUUCGUGCAUAGAUACCUAACAAAGGUGGUGGUUGUUUUUUACACUCCUCAACAGUCAAGCUGCAGUUUCAGCCCAGGCAACGCCCAGCACGGAAUCAGACAGCCCCCCCGUUCCGCAGCCCCCCAACUCUGAGCGUGCUCCUGCCAAUGAGCCCCCAGCAGCACCCAAUGUAGCUCCACAGGAGAACAGGCCUGUCAAUCAGAAUGUGCAGAUGAAUGCUCAAGGCGGCCCAGUGAUGAACGAGGAGGACUUCAACCGAGACUGGCUGGACUGGAUGUAUACCUUUUCCAGAGCAGCUAUCCUCCUUAGCAUUGUCUACUUCUAUUCGUCCUUCAGUCGGUUUGUGAUGGUGAUGGGAGCCAUGCUGCUGGUUUACCUGUGAGUAAAUACUGCUGAUUGAUACAUCUCUUUCGUCUGAAUACAGAGCACUCCCCCAAGUACAGCAUUUCGACAGUCAAUGCAGAUCAGUACAGUGGUACCUCAGUUUACAAACUUAAUCCAUUCCAGAUGUCCAUUCUUAAACAGAAACCAUUCUUAAAACGAGGUGCACUUUCCCUACUGAGGCCUCCUGCCGCCGGUGCCCUUCCACUGUUCGGCUUCCGUUCUUAGACCGAGGUAAAGUUCACAAACCAGAACACUACUUCCGGUUUUGCGGCGUUCGUAAUCCGAAUCGUUCGUAAACAGGACUGUUCGUAAGCCGAGGUACCACUGUAUUGGUUUCCCUGUAUCGUGUAGCGGAGUUUGCCCAAGGAAGAUGGUGCCUUGCCCAGUCCCUUCAUGGCCAAAGUGAGAUCUGAACCAGGGGCUUCCCAGUCCCUGUUGCUUUCCUCUGCUCCAGCCCAAGUUUGACCAUUAGCAUAAUCCAUGUAAAUAAUGGUUAAGGGUUUUCUUGUCAGUUACGUGAUCAGAAUCCGAACUUUAAAGUUUGACUGAUGCAAAACUAAUCAUUUCUAUUAGUACAGUAGACGCUCGGGUUGCAAACAUGAUCCGUGCGGGAAGCACGUUCGCAACCCGCAGCGCUGCAUCUGCGCAUGCGCGGGUCACGAUUUGGUGCUUCUGCGCAAGCACUGAAACCUGGAAGUAACCUGUUCUGGUACUUCCGGGUUCGGUGCAGUGCGCAACCCAAAAUCGCACAACCCGAAGUGUCUGUAUCCCGAGGUAUGAUUGUAUUUAAAAUGCGCUAAAAACAAAAUUAAUUAAAAAAUUGUACUUCAGGAUAAAUACUUAGCAUGUGAUAUCUGUAUGUUGUAUGAGCUUGCCAUUCUAAUUUCCAAAAUUAAUACUCUUAACACCUCUAACAACGUGGAAUCUUACUGGUUUCCUUCAGGAGGCUGAGGCAUGUAAUAGGAGCUGAAUUUUCUUACAUUGUUUUCAAAGACCUAUUUGAAACAGAUGAAACAGCACAUAUAGUAUCAGUGACUGAGCAUCUUAAAGACGAAGCUUUUAUUAAUGCAAACUGAAGGAAGAAUGAAUCUGAGUAUUUUGAGCAUUGCUUUCUGUGAAUGGGGGAUUCCACAGGGGGAGCGUUGUAGAUCAACACAAAACAGUUGGGUAGGCACCCUGUUCACAUGCAUCUGAAGUUGUGUAGUGUGCUUGCACAAUGGGGAGUAGAAAUUAAUCCUGAUUUUGACAAACAAAUAUAUCAUGGCUUGAGUAUGUGCGCAUUGGGCUCUAACAUUAAGCUCUCACACAGUAUGUGGGCAUGUGCUGGGUUAUUUAUACUCGGAGAAAACGGGUGUGUGAUCUCCAUGUGUACCCUCUGCAUUGGAUCAAGAAUAUAUAUAAUAAUAUAUAUUAAUGUUUGGUUACGUUUGCCAUGGUUGUCGUGUGCUCAUCUGAAUGAAAGUAGAAACUACCAGUGUAUCUACAUUCUGUCCUGUGAAUUAACUUGAACCAUAUUUUACAGAAGCAACAUCUGCUAUUUUUCAUAUUCUUUAAUAAGCUUAAACCAUUUUUAAGGGCAGAGACAGAGCCUUAAUUGCUCUAUUGUCUAUCAUGAUGUGCAGAGCUUUUCUGUAAAACCAGCUUUUCUGUAAAUAAUUUACUUUGGCAAUAACAAGAAUAUUCAAAUGAUUUAAACUGAGCCUUUCGUAACUUUCCUAAAAUUUCUGCAAGCUUGCCUAGGUCAUGCAGCUAGUUCCACGUGUGGUUAAAUAGGGACCUCUCUUCCCAUUUUAGUGACUAUUGGCAUCUGAUUUGGUCUAUUCCUUCUCUACAAAUCUGGUUGAAGAAUGAGCCUUCCAGUGGAGAGCUAUUUCACUGUUCCAUUGCCAACAUUCUGUUUGUUUUCUCAGGUCAAGCAGGUAUGAUUUCUAGUAACUUUGCACAUGUGUAUUGUAAAACAGACACCAAGCUGGCUGGUUUCCAUUCAGGCAAGAGGGACUCCAACAGCCUCCAGGGAACAAUGAAGACCUGAACCACGAUGGGCAAAACGUAAAUAAUGCUGGACUUGAGGAGAUGGUAGGUGGAUGCACAUUCAUGUUUACUUCCCAAAAAACAUACAGCUGGAGAGUGGUGCUGUUGGCAGUUUUAAGAUGUGCUGACAGCUCUUCCUUUAAAAGUGAGCUCUUACAUUAAGGUAAUGAAAUUAAAUUAAGACUACCAUCCCAUGUUCAGUUAACCUGGGAGUAAGCUUCUGGGACAUGGGUGGUGCUGUGGGUUAAACCACAGAGCCUAGGACUUGCUGAUCAGAAGGUCGGCGGUUCGAAUCCCCGCAAUGGGGUGAGCUCCCGUUGCUCGGUCCCUGCUCCUGCCAACCUAGCAGUUCGAAAGCACGUCAAAAGUGCAAGUAGAUAAAUAGGGACCACUCCGGCGGGAAGGUAAAUGGUGUUUCUGUGCGCUGCUCUGGUUCGCCAGAAGCGGCUUAGUCAUGCUGGCCACAUGACCUGGAAGCUGUACGCUGGCUCCCUCGGCCUGUAAAGUGAGAUGAGCGCCGCAACCCCCGAAUUGGCCACGACUGGACCUAAUGGACCUUUAAGCUUCUUUGAAUGGUGGAACUUUCUUAAGGUCUAUAGGGCUGUAGGGUCAAAUGGUUAAAUUGCACUUUUCAGAUACAUCAUGUUGCAUUCUCUCAUUUUGUCAAAUUUGCCAAAUUAUUAUAUCCGACUACAUCAUAGGUUUCUUUUUUAAAUAAAGUUUAUUUUUGCAUUUUCUAUUUUACAUAAACAAAUGAAUUAACUACAUAAACAUAUAAUCCCUUUAGACUCCCCCCAUUGUGGAUCUUAAUGUAAUGAUUUCCCCCUCUGCAUCUCUUUCAUAACACUAUUUUUAUAAAUCCUUUGUCAAUCCACAGUUCAAAUUUUUACUACAAGUUUUCUGCCAACCCUACCAAUGUAUGUAAUUGUUUACAGUAGCUUUUCAAAUGAAUUAUAAACUUUCCCCCUUCUUCAUUAGAGAAAGGCCUCCUCUUCCUGGUUUCUAAUUCUUCCUGUCAGCCUUGCCACCUCGGCAUAGUUCAUCGAUUUUGUCAGAAGUAAGGCUUCCUGUUCUGAUGCCCCUCUUGCAUCUGAGAAAGCGCUGGAUGCAUCCCAAAUGGCAUUCGGGAUUUUAGAAAACUGAGAGACCCAUGCAGUGUUCCUUAGGGAAAAGAGACGACUCUUUCACUGGUUUUCUUAAAGAUUCGUUUAGGGCAGGGCUGGGUUGCCCAUGGACCUCCAGAUUUUUUUUCUGGAUUGCAACUCCCAUCAUCAUCAUCAUCAUCACCAUUAGUGUGUGUAAUAGUUACUUUUACUCUGCCUUUUUUCCUGGCAGAGACUCAAGGUUGCUUACAGAUAAAAUAAAAAGGUAAAGGGACCCCUGACAGUUAAUUCUCCGCUGGCCCAAGUAGGACCAAUUCAGCCAGCUAGCCCUGGGGAUUAUCUAAUCUUUUAUUUUUGAAUUUAUUGUUAUUCAUGUUUUUAUACUGUAUUUUAUGCUGCUUUUAUAAUUAGGUGUUUUAAAGUGUUUUAAAUUUGUUGUUAGCCACCCUGAGCCCGGUUUUUGAACCGGGAAGGGCGGGGUAUAAAUAAAAUAUUAUUAUUUUCUUUGGUCAGAGUUGUACCAUCUUUUCAUUUCUGGGCUAACAAGAGCCCUACAUGCUAGAAUUCUGUAUAUAUAACGUGAUUCCAUCCGUGCAAUUUAUAUCCCUCUGAUUUGACACGGUUAAACCACUUGGGGAAUUUGUUUUGCAAAGGAGCACCUUAUGGACGACGGGAUUGACGAAGACAGCGGCGAAGAUGUCGUUGACGUCAACGCAGAGCAUCCGCAUCCCGGCUUCAUGGCUUCCGCCUGGUCCUUCAUCACCACUUUCUUCACGUCCCUCAUCCCCGAAGGGCCUCCACAAGUUGGCAACUAAGCCAGGCAGGAGCCGUCAGUAGCAGAGGAGAGUUAUGCUCAAAAGUGGAAGUUGACUCUGGGCAGGGGGUAUUUUAAAUACAGUGCAAUUUCAAGAUUUAUAAUGUAAACUUUCUGAUCAUGGUGUACAAAAAUGUGUAUUUUUCUCUCUCUCCGCUUUCUCAUGCUUACGGAUAUUUUAAGCAGAAAUGGACUACUAAAUGCUUUUUAAAAGAUUCUUUAUGUAAAGAAGAACAAAUGUAAAAAAAAAAAAUUAGUCUUCCAUGUUUUUUUUGUUUCAGUUGUGAUAACACUGAGGCGAGACGCUUGUAGUUGGUGUGCGGUGUCAUCCCUUUAAAGAGUUGUUAAAAUACAAAUAUCGGGAGGAGCUCUAUGGAAAUAAGACCCUUCGCAGUAAAAAAACAGUGCCUGUAUAGGAAUCAUUGUGUAUGUGGUUUUUAAAAUUGCUUAAAGUAAAUCUGCACCAUAGUUUUGAGUUGGAGGCAACACCGUUUUGCCAGGGGCAUGUAUUCCACCCCCUUCACUUCAUGCCACAAAUGACAUAGCAGCUCUUCAAAGGGAACAGACAGUGAUCGAGUGCACUACAAACUGUUUAAUACAUGCUGUACUUUUUUUUUUUAAAUACAUGUACUGGGAAGCACAGAAACAUGUAAUUAGUUUUUUAAUUAAACAAAAAAGAAAAGCUACGGUGAAAAGAACACACAUUCUUUUGAAUUCUUCUGUAUUCGUCUCCAGCAGGGGUGACCAGCUCCCAAGAGACUGCGAUCUACUUACAAAAUUAAAAUCUGACAGUGAUCUACCCCCAUUUUGGGGGGAUUCAGGUCAAAGAUGUGGAGCUUUUUUUAGGGAAGAGGAAAGCCCCAUUUUGGGGUGAUUCAAGUGAUAGUUUUUGAGGGGUUUUUUUAGGGAGGAGGGAAGUCCCGUUUUUAUUUUUUAAAAAUCAUUUUUAUUAAGUUUUCCGUUUUAACAAUCCAGUCAAAUCACAUAGUCUAAAUCAAAUAGUCUAAAUAUUCUGCCUAAAUUAUAAUUUUUUUUUGUUGGGACUUCCCAUGCUUCAAGUUCGGUUGGGGCUCUGAUCAUCUCAUAUCUUCUGCCUUGGAUAGUCUUUCCAAUAGUUCCUUUAAAUCUUCCUGCUGUUAACCUUCCUUCUUUCAUGGCCUCUGAGUUGUUUCCACAAGCGAGUUGAAGUAUGCAAUGAUGUGUUUCUGUGUGGAUUUUAUGUGUAUGAUUCCCCUCUGUUGUUGCAGUAUCUCCUCACACACUGGUGUUUGUGCCAAAUCAAUCCAUAAGUCAUUUCGCUGCCGGCAGACGCCAUCUUCUCCCAGUUCCGAUGAAAUCAAAUCUAGGCGUUUGCUCAUUAAUUUUCCCAGACCGCUUGCAUCAAACAUUAGCCUUUCCAGGGGAGAUUUACCAAAUCUGACUUGAAAUACAGAUAAUGACAUAUUAAGAGCUUAUCUCCUCCUAUUUAUAACUCUGCAGCUCAGUCUUAUUCCAUCAUGGCAUAUUUCCAAAUUAAAAAGUGCAUCACAUCUCAACAUUUUAGGAACAGGAAGUCCUGUUUUUAAGGGUUUUGGGAGAUAAAGAGGAACAGCCACUCACCAACAGAUCGCUGGGGAAACAAACAGCCUCACUGAGUAAGCUCCCAUCUUUUGUUCUGCAGAUCGUGCAAGAAUGGAGGGCGGGACAAGGGGGCAGGCCUGGAUUCUAUUUUACCAAUGCGAUUGACCGCGAUCUACCCAAACCUCCUGGGGAUCUACCAGUAGAUUGCAGUCAACCUCUUGGACACCCCUGAUCUAGAGGAACACUCCAUACGACUCAAGAGCGUGGCUGUGCAAAGGGAAGAGGCACAUAGGUUUUUUUCGGGUCACCUCCCUCUGGUAAAAAACUUAACAGAGGAUUUAGAACUUGCCUUUGUAGAAGAUAGGGAUUGUUGGUUUUCUUCAGGAAAAAAGCGGGAGUCAAGUAACUCCGAAGGAUUUAUAAUCGGGGUUUGUUGGCACCUUGUACUAUGCGUUGCAUGUAGAGAACCCCGUUUUUUGAAUCUGGCCUAACCUGUUAAUCCGAAUCAUUCUUUUGGCACACUCUAAACACAACAUGUUUUAAAGGUGGAGCGAUAAACGUAGGAAAAAAAAUUGUAUUUUGCAGGCCCUAAAAAUGCUGAAGUCUUAACUGUUUAUAUCUGGAAAAUCCUGAAGUUGCUGGACACAUCUAUCAAAAUGUUCACUGCUGAACCCAGCAGAAAGGGAAAACCCAGUUUCAAAAGGAAAAUUGCAGAAAGAGGAGAAAGAGAAAGAACGGAAGACCUAUUCUUUGCAAUUAUUUAAUUAAGUUUGAGAAGCAGAACUAAGGAAGAAACUAUUAACUCCAUCAUAAAUGUAAAAAAAAUAAUGUUUUGGAAUGUCAACACUGCUGCCACUUUAAAAAAUAUCAAGCCACAGUAUGUUAAAUUUCAGGUGGUCUUGGUAUUUCAGAGGGUGUCAUAGAAUCCCCCCCCCACUCCCUGGGCCUAUAAAAAUUCAGUUUAUUUGGUUUUUCCAUUUAAACAUAUAUAACCACAUCAUUACUAUCCACUUUCCCUCUUUGGCUCUUUAGAGCCUAUCAACGUCCUUCCCUCCCACCUCUUGGCUUUCAAAAUUAACCUUUAUAUCACAGCGUUUUAUAUAUUUUCCAAUUCUAAUAAAACUCAUCACAAAAUACCUCAAAGUUUGAAUAAAUGUAGAAAGG